AUGGGAAUUCUCGGAGAAGGGGUGAGCGUUGUGAUGAGGCCGCUGCUGCACCUCUUGGUGGGGAUGGUGCUGUACGAAGCGGCGGAGGAGAUGGCCGUGCCGGCGCUCGUCGACAAGAUCACCGCCGCGCUCUGCCCCGCCGGCAGCGGGUCGUGCCCGGAGGCCAUCUACCUAACCGGCCUUCAGUCCUCGGUAUCUAUCUAUGACCUAUCCAGCUUUCUGCGUUUCUUCUUUGCACUCCGGUCGUGGCCCGUGGCCGUAGGGGCGAUUUUUAAGAUAAUAGGAUUCCCUCUAAUGGGCCAGCUAGCUGACGAAUAUGGUCGGAAGCCUCUUCUCCUCUUAACUGCCUCCACCUCCAUAAUACCUUUUGCUGUGCUUGCAUGUAAUAAUUCAAGGACUGUUGUGUAUGUCUACCUUAUUCUGCGCACCCUUUCAUUCUUGAUUGGCCAAGGAACAUUGUUCAUCAUUUCAGUUGCAUACACGGCGGAUGUGGUUGAGCCGUCAAAGCGAGCAACUGCAAUUGGCUUCAUAACAGGAAUUAUUUCUGCCUCAAGUGCUUUGGGAGAUGUUUUCUCAAGGUUUCUACCCAAGAAUUGGAUUUUUGAGGUGUCCGUUGUUUUGUUGAUCUGUUCGGUUCUCUAUAUGAAAAUAUAUCUUGUGGAGACACAUCCAAGAGCUCUAGCAUCUUCAUCUUAUCGUCAUUCAUCAUUGUCAUCUUUGGUUACCAGGGUUGCACAACAGCGUUGGGAAUCUAUCAAAGCGAACAUUACUCUAUUCAAAGAUAGUGAAUCACUUAGGCGAAUAGUAUAUGUUGACUUCUUCAAUAAAUUGGGCAUGAGUGGCAUUAUUGAUGUCCGAUUGUAUUACUUGAAGUCUGUAUUUGGCUUUGACAAGAAUCAAUUUUCAGAAAUUCUGAUGGUGGUAGACAUUGGUUCCAUCUUUUCUCAGAUUUUGGUCCUUCCCCUAAUGAGCCACAUUAUUGGUGAAAAAGGAAUCAUAUGCGUCUCAAUCUUGGCAUCCAUUGCCUAUGCUUUGCUUUAUGGUGUUGCAUGGGCUUGGUGGGUUCCUUACUUUAGCUCUUUAUUGGGUGUCAUCUUUGUGAUGGCCAGACCAGCUAUCCAUGCAAUCGUUUCGAGGGAAGUAAUCUCAACUGACCAGGGGAAGGCACAAAGUUUCAUUGCGACUGUACAAUCUGUAGCUAUAUUGCUGGCACCUCUGUUUAUGAACCCACUAACCUCUUACUUCAUUUCAGAGGAAGCCCCUUUCAAUUGCAAAGGUUUCAGUUUCCUAGUGGCUAGUUUUGUCUUGGCAACAUCUUUAUGCUUUGCUUGGAUGCUGAAUCCAAAAGACAGGGACAAAUGCACAGAAGUUCCAAGUUCAGACGAGUGUAAUGAGGAAGGACUGCAAGCACCACUAUUGAUUUAG